AUGUCUAUAAAAUCACAAAAGUCAUUGAACGAGGAACUAUCUGAAAUUAUCGAGAAAAGUUAUUCGGUAAGAAGUCCAUCGCUUGAAAGCUUAUCAGGUGAGGAAGAAGACGAAUGCCUGGCCCGCGAGCUGAUGAAGAAACUGACGCCUCCCGUCCUUAGCAAGUUAAGGAGAUGUUUCAAGAAAAAUAAAGAGAGAAGCAAAACCCAGGACAUUGACAGACGCGUGGAAGAAGUAAUGCGUAUAGCAGCUGCUGAGGAAGGAAUCGAAUUCGCACCUUCCGAAUCUCCGCCUGAAGACUCACUGUGGCUGGACGAGAGCGGAUUUGUUUCGGCGCUGGACAAAAUUUUUGGUCAUCAUAAAUACACAACACACUCUCACAAGCUCUUCCAUCUCCUUGAUUCAUUCAGCAGCGGCAAGGUCUGGUGGCGACAGUUAGUAGCAAAACUAGUCGCUGUCGGAGCUCGCACCACCAGUUCUAGAGCUGAAGUGUGGAAGCCCCUCACACACCUGACUGUCAAGAAACUAGAUCAUUGUAAAAGAGAGACCAUAGUGAAAUUAGUGAGCCUGGAGCGAGAAGAGUCAUUUUGUUACGUGGCCGUCUCUAAAGGUGGUCGUGUUGGAGUCUACAGUGGAGAUCUACGCUUGUUGCAUAGUUAUGAGAUGUUUUACCACAGAAGUGGAACCAGAAGCCGCGUGAAAAAUAGAUGGGUCACGGAUGUGAUUUUCUUGCAGGACGUGCAAUAUCUAGUGUUAUCUGCAUCAGAUCGCAGCCUGACAAUAUAUGAUGCAACCACACUAUCACAUAACCCACUGAUUUGUAUAACCGGACUACCUAACAUACCUAUGUGUAUGGCGUAUUACCCAUCAGUUUCCAUAAGUGAUACGUCUGAACUAGCUCUGGGCACCGAGCGAGGGGAUAUCAUAAGAAUAAAGUUCUUGCAGCCGAGAAUCCAGUUUAUGCACUUAAACACUACUGGUCACAUCAAUUAUUAUUUCUGGAUGGAGUUAUCAAGCCCCCCACAUAGUUCACACUGCACUAUAACUCAGUGGAAGCGCGUGCAUGCCCGAUCAGUUCGCAGACUGCGAUAUAUGGAUCAUUGGUUGCUGUCCUGCUCUCAUGAUGCAGUCGCCAGUGUACGGUUAAGGCACAUGCCAGGGCUGAUGGACGAUUACGUGUUUAAGGUUUUGAGAGGAGUGACCUGCUUCCACACAAUUCCAUCUCUCCAUAUGGUGGCAGCUGGUGGGAUCGACGGCUCCGUCCGCCUCUGGCAGCCGGGUACUCGCGCAGCCUUCGCCACACUCCCCACACCCAACAGCACCGCCAUUCUUGAUCUAGUCAUCGUUGCUGCACAGGAGAUACUUAUUGCGUACUGCAAUAAUUGUACGGUGCAUAUUUGGGACAUCUACGAAGAGUGUCUGCUGCAAAGCAUAAAAAUCAAAUUUCCGUUUCUUGGUAUUCUGGGGAAGAAGGUGGAAUUUGGCGCAUGCUGUAUAUAUUCUGGUCCAAUUAGAAAAGAACAAGAGGAUUCAAUAUCAGGGAUGACUGACUUUCCGAUGUCUCGGCGCGCAUCCAGCGUGUACCAAGGUUCCACAGGAGGACUGAUGCUGCAGUUAAAUCAGACUGAUUUGGAGACCAAGCGGAGGAUGGAGGAAGAGACUGAAUACACCCGCUAUAAUCGCGCUGAACUUCUGUUUACCUGCUGUGAUUACGUCUAUACUAUCGCUAUAAGUAAAAUACAAGGGGAUGUCUUAGGACCUCCUGCUGAUACUCUGAGGGCUAGGAGACCCUCAACCUGGGACCUGCAUGAGAGUGUUGAUGAUGGGAGUGAUGGAGAAGAAUCAUCAUCACUUGCAGCAGCAACUCGACCAGUGCGGUCUUUUGUACCAACUGCAACUCCGCUCCUGCUGUCGCCGUCAACUGCGGAGCUACCGCAGACAGACCUGGAGACUUUGUUAGAAAAUGCUGGUCUUCAAGGGAUACUAGAGAAAGACUUUGUACUGAUGCAAGGACUCAAGAACGAUCUGAACCGAAAAUUGGCUGAAAUCGAAGCUAACAAAGGAAUGAUGUUGAAUGCGGUGACCAUAGGGGCUCCAUACUUAGCUCUCAAAAUGUACGAACCUUCACAAGUAGAGCCCGUGGACGAAAUGUACGAUCGGUACAAGAAAAUCAUGAGACUGUUCCCGGGCUCGAGUGUGACGGCCACACCGUCUGGCAGCGAGAAGUCAACACCGAGAAACAACAAAAAUCAAAAAUUAUGA